AUGGAAGAAGAAAAAUCAGAUUAAGUAACGAUUGAGCCCUUAUUCUUUCCAUCAAAAGAGAACGAAUAAAAGCUAAUUCAAUUUCUCUCCCAAGCCAAAUCAUACAUCCGUAUCUGUGUUUACACAUUCACCAAUAAAAACAUUGUUGCCAAAAUGUUGUAGAUGAUGAAAGAAAAUCCUAAUCUUAAAAUACAAGUCAUCACUGAUGAUGCUUAGACCAAGAUACCCUCAUAAAAAGCUAUUCUGGAUUAGAUAUUGGAAGAAGGAAAGGGCUAGGCUGAAAUCAAACUUGACAAUUCAACAGUUAGUUUGAUGCAUAAUAAAUAUCUAGUGAUUGACACAGAUUAUAUUGCUACAGGUUCUUUUAACUGGACUAAGUCUGCAGUUACAACCAACAAAGAAAACUUACUAUUAAUUAAAAGUAAGAAACUUGUGCAAUAAUUUGAUGAAAACUUCUAAUAACUAUGGAAAGACUUUCAAUUCAUGAACGACAGAAUUCUAUAAUAACAACAAGAAGAAAUUGAUAAAGCAGAACGUUAGAAAUUAAAAGCAGAAAAACUAGCUGAAUAGGCUGCAAAAAAGGCAGAACAAGAAGCAAAUGCUGACCCUAAUAAUCCAAAUCCCACACCAACAGAACCAUAAACCAAACCUAAAAAAGCUCCCAAAGAACCCAAACCACCUAAAGAACCUAAACCUCCUAAGGAACCCAAACCUCCUAAAGAGCCAAAACCACCAAAAGAACCUAAACCACCUAAACCUCCUAAACCUACUAAAGAACCUAAACCACCCAAGGAACCUAAACCCCCCAAGGAACCAAAACCCAUUAAGCAAAAAAUUAGAAAGGUCGCCUAACCUAAGAAAAAGAGGGAAAGUUAAGAGGAUGAAGAUUUUAGUGAUGAUGGAGAGGAAGUCGACGUUUAGAAUGAUGUCGAAGAUGAUGAUGACGAUGUUGCAGAGGAGGAAGAUUCAAUGGAAGACUUUUUAGCAGAAGAUGAUUCUGAAUGUGAUUGA